AUGUUAAAAUUUUUUUUGCUCGCUAUUUUCAUAUUGGUUCAUUUAGCUAAGGCCACCGUCUACUCAGUGGAUUCCGGAUAUGUGGUAGAGCUCACUCAAGUGAUCCACAGGCAUGGGGCACGUUCGCCGUUGCCUAAUUUUAACAAAGAGCUCAUUUGCGGUUAUGAGUAUCCGUGUGGGUACCUCAACAACGUUGGUAUGUCCAUGCUUAGGGCAGUUGGAGCAUAUGUACGUCAUCGCUACAACGACCCCAGUAUCGUCAAGAAGCCUUUCUUCCCUGGGAGGCGGUAUAAUGCCUCUCUUGUUUACAGCCGUUCCACUGCUAAGCAACGUACUAUUCAAAGCAGUUCUGCCUUUCUGAGCGGCGUAUUCCCAGAUUUUUCUUUACCGGUGCCAUACACUGUUGAACUGAACCGUGAUACUCUCCUCAAUCCGGAUGUUUACCCAUCUGUCAUUUCGAGAUUAUUAGAUGCGAAAGCGCAAAAAGCUCUACUGAACCCUAUCGUGGAUUCAUAUUUUACCUGGAAACAGCUGGAGGAGGUGGCCGCCGAGGCUUUGACAACCGAAAGCUGUCAGGACUAUGACCUUCGGUACGAGUGCGUUGUGAGACUCUAUGAUAUUGCCUCCUGCUAUAAAGCAACCAACAAGCUCGACGAUAUGCCAAAGCUGAAAAUGGCUCUAGAGGGUGCUAGAGCUGUGAACACAAGGCGCUUUUCCUAUUUAUUUGGCUACGAUCCUGACAAUGAACUCGACCGCAUACAGGGGACUGUGGCGCAUAAACUCGUGGAUGAGAUUGUGGAAAAUAUGUACUCAUAUUUAUCGUCCCCAUCGUAUCGCAUGUACGAGUACAGUACGCACGAUAGCAUGCUGACUCCACUUGGUAUCACGCUUGGUGAUUAUUCUGAAGGAACCAUAGAUGUUCCCUUUGCACAAACCUACCUUAUUGAACUACUACAGAAUGUGGCCGACAAAACUUACCAUGUCCGUGUUCUACGCGGUUUCCCACAAGAAAAUGAAGCCGAAGAAGACAGAGAAUUUUCAUUCGUUCAAACAGACAUCAAAUGGUAUUGUAUGACGCAAGGCAACAAAGCAUAUAUUCCCAUCAACAACAUCUGCCCGCUUCAAGACUUUGUUCGAUACAUCAACUCCACGAAGCCAGACACCCAAGGUGGCUUUUGUGUCAUUCAGAAAGAUCAGUACGAAAGGUUAGAAUGCCCCGCCUCCGUCGAGGAUAGCCUUCCACUUACGCGGUUUUGCCAACAGUACCGCACGGUAUGCCCAAGGGAGGCGUGCCCUGAGGGGCUCGUGUUGGGUGCUGCGGAUCUGCAGUGCUAUCCAGUAGUCACGAGUUCAUAG